CACCCCUACAAUCUAUCACAGCCCUAUAUACGUCACGGGCGGUAGGUAUUGAGAACAUCUUCCCCAGAACACAAGCUCAAUACAAGCUGACCAGGCAGCAGCACGAACCUUGAACACUUUUCAGAACCAAGGAGUUAACAUUAACAAGAUAAACAUGAAGUGGACCACAGCCAUUAGGAUGUUCGCUUUACUCUGUAUCACACAGACUACAACAGCUUUUCUUUCACAACAUGACCGCUGCACAUUCGUGGACAUCAUCACGUGUUGGUUCAACCCAUGCCGAUCAUCUGUGUGCCCUCUCUACCCACAAGCCACAUGCAGUUUGGUGUAUAUGCGUUGCGGCUGUCGACCUGUGUGGCAUACAAGUUUCGGGCAAGUCAACUGCAACGGUCCACUGCAUUUUGGGCUCGAACUCCCUGUGACGUCAGCAAUAUUACCCGUUCAGGCUGUCGGAAGGCCCGCGACACCCGUUUUGCAAACAGCAAUUGUGCCGGAUCAAAGACAACAGCUUCAGAAUGCAAUUGUGCCGGAUCAAAGACAACAGCUUCAGAAUGAGUGCCCCCCGGAAGUGAUGCGUGUACAAUGUCGCGACGACCCGUGCAUGCGUUCAACGUGUAGGGGGAUGCCAGACGCCGUAUGCAGGCCUAACUACUGUGGCGGGUGUAUGGCGGAGUUCUUCAGGGACGGGAUGAGGGUGCAGUGUGGGCGGACCAGUUACCCCGAACUCAUUGUCCCAUCGUCCGUCAUGGUGAAGGACAGGAGCGCUUACACGAACAGCAAGGGCCGACAACCACCCCCGAUCAUCCAGACCAAUCCUGCCACCCAGGUGACAAGCAUUGCCCCGGGGUGGACCGGCCCCCAGGUUCUGCAGCCAACUCCCUCCAUCCCUCAACCGCAGUCGCCAUGGACAGAUGGUUCCCGCAACACACAAAUCCCUCCCAGGGUUGUUGCCUCAGGCGUGUCCAGUGUGGCUCAACGUAACCCCCAACCGAACGCCGCGCUAGCAAUACAACAGAACGUAAUGGGACUAGGAGCUCUCUUUCCCGACCAGAACGCUGAUCCUCAAGGGUCAUCAGCCUUACUACCCAACGGUCCACUUCCGACGAGUUCCAUGACCAGCAGACAGAACAAUUUCGGAUCCCAGGGUCAGACGGGAAACUCCGUUCCUACUGCUCCAACGAUGACAAGACCAACAACCGCUGGUACUUCAUGGCCUGCGAGUCAGAGUCAAGGUCAAGGUCAAGGUCAGAAUAACCUUGCGGCGUGGAGAGCAAGAUCUGGUGCGACCGACACCACCUUUGUUCCUCCAAGAAAUACCGUUGGUAUGGGAGUGUCCGUCCAAGCAACAGCACAAGCUUGCCCCGUGGGUACCGCGCCCUCCAUGUGUUCCUCCCACCCCUGCGCCAACCAGACAUGCGGCAUCCCCGGGGCAGUCUGCAGACCGAAUCCCUGCGGUUCGUGCUUCGCCCGAUGGUACAGAGACGGCCAGGAGGUGGACUGCACUGGAGAAUGUCCGGCGUCUCAGAUUACAGUGGCGUGUACCAGGAACCCUUGUGCCCAGUACUCCUGCCCCGCCCACCCAGACGCUGUGUGCAGAUUUUCGAAGUGCGGGUCGUGCAAAGCUCAAUGGUUUAUUGGUGACAGAGAAGUGGCAUGUGACAUCCCCUGGUCGACAUCACCGUGUCCCGCGAACGAACAGCCAACGUGCAGGUGUUUCUACAACCGAUGUGAGAGUGACAGACAGGCUCUGUGCAGGGUGACAGGCUGUGGCUCCGACUGCGGUACCGAGUUCUACAAAGUCGCCAACAACAGCAUCGUCCUCGUGGACUGUGCCCUCCAGAAGGGACAAUGGUCAAGAAACGCACAAUAGAAAAUGAAGUAUUAUGUACCAUCCACAGAUGUGGCCCAAACAGUUCUUGACGCUCAAAGUGCAUUGUCUCCAAUCGCGUUCCUGGCUAGAACAGACGUUGUGACACUUUUCCUAUUCUUGUUGACAUGUCAAUGCGUUUAAAGGAAGAUGGUCCUGAUCUUAUUCUGCUUUAUAACAUUAAACGCAGUAACACAAAAAACACGUUUUAAAUUUCGUUGUGUUUAGUGACAAGAAAUCCAAACAUUUGGCACAAAACCUCCAACUCCUCUGUACGACUGUUGUUUGUAUUAGUGAUGUUUCUAGGUUUGUCAGCACCAUACCCGUGCUCGUGGGUUUCACCGAAGUGGUAAACUUCUGAGACCUGCAUCACUUCGGGCUUUCCUCCCACACUAAGCUGACACGCCGUGAUGUAACUGGAAUACUGUUAAAAACGGCGUAAAACCCAACUCACGCACUCACUAGUAUUAGUGAUGUAUUUGUUGAACGCUUUGUUUAAAAACACGAAGAUGAUAUUUUGCUUAUUUAAUCUUCACUGUGUCCCUGUGCUUAUUAGUAUGUGAAUAAAAUGUCAGCUUAUCUCUGAA